AAAAGCGGGCGAUAAUUGAUGUAUAACGAUAUCGGUUAGAAAUUUGUUCAAACGAAUGAUUGGGUAGGGAUGACCCUCAGUAGGGGAAAGACUGGAACUUAUAAAUAGUCAAUAAACGGUCACAGCGAGACACAGUCCUACAGUACAAUUUAAUCUUGAAACUCAGUAGAGGUGGCACCGUCUGUAGUACUGGAGAUUACAAAUUUCGAACGGACACGAGUGACCCAUGCACAGAGGCUACGUGUGCCAAACGCAGGGUCUCAAAACUUUGUUUUUCCGUGCAAAAAAUUAUUUUUUGUGGUUCUUUAAGAAAAAUAACAUCAAAAGAAGUUAGAGUUAGAAUAAUGGCUGUACGGAGUGCCGAUGACCUGACUCAUGCACUUCGUGACCGUGAGGAAGGCGAUUAUUUCGAGGGCGAAUCAUUUUAUGAGUACAUAGACACUGAAGAAGAUGGGAACGGUUUUGAGAACGAAGAUGAGGAACUCGAAGAUGACACGCUUUCGGAAGAAUCGGCGAGGGGAAGAAGAACUUUUAUUCGAGGUAGAAAUGGUUACAAGUGGUCUCGAAAUGCAUCAGAAGUAAGUCUCGAGUCUCCACAAAUGCAUGUUCCUUCACCGGCAGCAAAUGUAUUACAUAUUAGCAGUCCUCUCGAUGCGUGGAGCGAAUUAUUCACGGAUGAAUUAUUGUCUAUUAUCGUUACAAAUGAAAAAAUUGCGAUGAAUUUCCGUGACUCUGACGAAGGAGAAACUCCGGCAUCUCGUAAGGAAACAGAUGUAUUAGAAAUAAAAGCGUAUAUAGGAUUAUUGUACUACGCGGGUGCUACUGGCCAGUCAAAACAAUCGGUUGCAGAAAUGUGGUCAUCGGAAUUUGGCGUACCUUUCUAUGUCUCUGUUAUGAGUCGUCCGCGUUUCGAGGUCUUGUCAAGUGUAUUACGAUUUGAUGAUAAACAAACGAGAGAAGCGAGAGAAGCGUCGGAUAUAUUUGCUCCGAUUCGAGAAAUAUGGGAUUUAUUUAUCAAACGUUGUCGUGAAAACUAUAUUCCGUCUAAUAAUCUGACAAUAGAUAAACAGCUCUUAGGUUUUAAUGGUAAUUUUUCUGGUUGAGUAUAUAUAAAAUCACGUUUCGGCAUAAAAAUUAUUUCCAUGAACGACGCGAAAACUUAUUAUAUGUUUAAUGCUAUACCGUAUAUCGGCAAAGUAAACACACAUAUAUAGACGAAUCUGUGCCAGAAUAUUACGUGCGUACACUAACAGAACCGAUAUAUAAUUCAAAUCGCACAGUAACUUUUGAUAAUUGGUUCACAACAAUAAGAAUUUGUGAUAAAUUGCGUAACCAGUAUGGUUUACAUGCUAUCGGCACAAUCAGAAAAAAUAACCGGGAGAUUCCUGCUACGUUUACUACCUGCGCAUCCAUUGGACUUGCGCGUUAUGGCUAUGAUAAUAGCAAAAAUAUAACACUUCUUUCUUUUUAUCCGAAAAGGAAUAAAAUAGUUCUUGCUGUGUCAACUCUGCAUAAAGAACGUACAGUUUGAUAUUUCAAAAAAGCCAGAAAUUAUUGAGUUUUAUAAUGAAACUAAAGACGGAGUUGACACAUUUAAUAAAAUGGUUUCUUUAUACACAACAGCUAGACAGACAGCUAGAUGGCCAAUGCGUGUUUUUUAUGGAAUGCUGGACCAAGGUGGUGUCAACGCGGCAAUUCUAUAUAAUUUGAUUACAGAAAAUCAGUGCUUAUCCCGCCAAAAAUUUUUAAAACAUCUUUCGAUUUCGUUAUGUAAACCUCAUUUGGAGCGUCGCUUAAAUAUAACCAGUCUAAGUAGAACUAUAAGAAGUAGUAUCUCGCUUAUACUGAAUAAGUCCGAAGAGCAUCAUAUGUUACAUGGACUUGAUAAGUUAGAGAAAAGAAAGAUAUGCUUUUUCUGCCCUACAAAACCCGUGAAAAAAACGCUAUAUUGUUGUGCAAAUGAUGAAUGUCAAAGAUCCGUAUGUGAGGAACAUCGUUUAUGUAUAUGCUGGGAUUGUUAUUAUUCAUAAAACAUAAAAAUACAAACUUUUAUA